GUUGAAACCAAAACGAGGAUUUAAAAAAAAACUCGGAAAAGUGUGGAUGUCGUAUUUUCUAUCUUUCAGUGAAAGCAACAAUAAAACAUCGUAGGGAACGUCAAAAAGAAAGAAGAAAUGGAUACUUGAAAAUAGUUUUUUUGCAAAACAAGUAACUAAUUUUUGACAACCAUGGAAGAAGAGGAAAAUGACUUGGUUUUCAUGGAAUUUUCUGUAGUAGAUGAAUGUGGCAGUGAAGAGGAGGAAGAAAUUGAUUCUCAACAAGAUAGCAUCCAUGUCCUUGAUGUAGAAGAUUCAACUAAACCUUCAGUGAAUAAUGACUUGUUUGCAGACAUGGUGGUUCUUGACAUAAGUACAAGUCCAACAAAAGAAUUAGAAGAAACAGAUGAGAAAUCUCGCACAUUGCACAAAUCUGAUAGAUCACAUAGGUCAAAAGAUUACAGAAGUCCUUAUAGGGAGAGGUCCAGUGGGGAAAAGAGGGGUUCAACCAGAGAAAGGUCGAGAAGGGAGGAUGAAAAAAGAAAAGAUAGGAGAGACAGAAGUAGAUCAAAGGAAAGUCGUUACAGGUUGAGUUCUGAUAGGAGAAGACGCUCGAGAGAAAGAGAUAAAAAAGUACAACACAGUUCUUCUGCUCGUAAGGAAACCCAAAAGACGUCAACAAAGCAGUCAUCAAGAACUUCAGGAGGUCAGUCAUCAACACCAAAUGAGAAAAAAGAUGCAAUAAAAAGUCGUACAUCCAUACCGACUCCUACAGCCAAGACUAAACUAAAUAUCCCUGCAAAAGAAGUUAAUACAUCUGAAAAAAAUAAAGAAAUUAAGGAAAAAUCAACAAAUGAAAAGGUUUCUGUAAACAAAGAAGAUACAGAUGGUGAGAGUGAAGGUGAGGGAAUAACAAUCAGUGCUGAUGAUAACAUUUUGAGGGGAAUGGAGUCUUCAGAUCUGAAUAAAUCUGACUUUGUCACAUUGACGGUAGUGGAUGAAGAUCAAAAAGAAGACACAAAAACUGAUUUUAUUCCCAAAAUAGAGACAUCUGUAAAAAGUUCAAAUCUGGAUACAAAACAAUUUGAAAAAGCAGAUGCAAAACAAGAAGUUCCAGCUCAGAGUUCUAUUCAGAAACAGGUGCCGAAAGCAAUUGAAGGUGUUGAAAAAACCAUGGAAAGGACCAUAAUGGGACAAGCCUUAAAAAAGCCUGUCCCUGAAAACGUUGCUAUGAAGAAAGUAUCUAGAAAAGAUUCAGAGAAACCCAUGCUUGAAAAGGUUACAGAGAAUCCAAAAUCUAAAGAGAUUGAGAUGGUGGUGGUUGAAAACAUAGAUAACAUUGAGAAAUCAGUACCUAAAACCAAGGCAUCAUCUACUCAAAGAAAGGAAGUUAAUAAAGAUCCAGACAAAUUCAAAGUUACAGAGGAAUUAUUUACAGUAGAAUCUGUCGACAAACCAAAGAGGGAAGUCAGUAUUAUUGGAGUAGAUGAUAUAAUUCUCCAAAAAGAUGAAAAGAAACAAGGAGCAAAAAGUGAGAGGGAGAAUAAAAAGGACUCGAGGGAACCAGAAUUAGUCGAAGUGGCAGACAUUCCUGAAAAGGGUGAAGUAAGUAUAGUAGGCAUAGAAGAAAUCCACAACAAGAAAGAUGCAGAAGAACAAGAUUUGAUUGAAGUUGCACCCAUCUUUGACAAAAAUGAAAUAAAUACAGAAGAAGCUCAAGAUACAUCAAAUACUAAGACUGAUUCUAAAACUAAAGAUAGCAAAGAAGAGAAACUGUUUGAAGUUGUAGAUGAUAAAGAGGAAGAAAUGGAAAUUAGCAUUAUAGAUGAAUUAAAUGUAGACUCUUCAAAAAACUCUGAGAUAACAGAAGAAGCAGAUGAUGAUGUAAUUGAAGUGAUCUUCAGCAAUGGUGAAGAUGAAGAGGAAAUUCCAGUAAACUCCAAAACAGAAUUUGACAAUACUUUUAUGGGAGGAUAUGUACAAAAUGACAACUCUAAGACUUCAUUGCAAAGCAUGAAAACAGAUACUGAGGAAUUGGCUUUCUCAAAAGUGAAGCAUCAAAUAGAACAUGAAAAUAACAAACAAACAAAAGAAAAUCCAACAUGUGUAUUGGGAAAAACAUUUUCAAGUCAAGAAUCUUCAGAGGGAGGAGGCAAGGAUCUUUCAAUAUCAGAAAAGCCAGAGUUGUCAGAUCAAGACUCUAUAAAGGAAAUUGAAAGCAUUGGUGAACCUGAAAAUGUGAUUGAGGAUGGGGUGGAGAUUAUUGUAUUGUCAGACACUGAUGUUGAGGACGACAAUAAUGUUGUUGAAAUUGAAGACACAGUACCAAAACAAAAUAUUGAUUCAAAGAUGAAGAUCUCUGAAGAGAGUUCAGAAAAACAUAACAAUGUUGGAAUGGAAGUGGAAGGCUCCUCCAAUCCAGCAGAAGACAGUCUAAUAGAGGAUGGCACAGAGAUUAUCAUUGAGGAUGAAAUGUCAGAGGCCGAGGGACAAGAUGAUGAUUUGGGUGAAAUUGAUGAAGAUGCUUUCCUAGCAAUGAUGCAAAGUGAAGGUUUGGCCUUAGAGGAUGAGGAGGAGGAAAAUCAAGAUGAAACACAGGAGGAAGAAGACCGGAAGAAUGAGCAGGGGGAUAUUGGUAAAGAUUCUGAACAUUUGUUGAUAACUGUUAGUCAGUCUUCAGAGAAAAGGAAUGUUAAAUCUAGUACAGAUUCCCAAGAAAAAUCAACAGUAAAGUCACCUAUUGACAACAUCUCAUCAAAUCUUGCUAAGAUACGAAAAGAAUUUGACAGUAUCUCAAAGCAGUCAUUGAGCAGCAAACAUGCAGAAGAAAAUGACAAAUUUGCAAGGAGUUCUCGAGAGAGAAGUAAGGACAGAGGCUCGAGGAGUUCCAGAGAGAGAAGUAAAGAUAGAGGCUCGAGGAGUUCCAGAGAAAGAAGCAAGGACAAGGACUUGCAGAAAUCAAAGCACAGUGAGAAAGAUCUGAGACAGGUCAUUCUUAGCAAGAAAUCCCAGAAUUCCAGAGAUCUAAGGGAUGUGAUCAAAGAGAAAAAGGCAAAAGAAAGUGAAGGCAUUGAGGCAGAGGGAGACAAAGGAGAAGAGUUACCCCCUGAAGUGGAUGAAUAUUGGGCAGAUGAAGAGGAACUGGUGGAGGUAGACUCAUUCUAUGAUGACUACACAGAGAAGAAAGUAGAAGUAGUGGUGGUGCAGAAUGAGACAUUGAUACCCACAGAGAAAGAACACUGGGGGUUCGACACAGUAGGAGAAGUUAUGAGAAUACCAAUGAAGAUAAAGAAUGUAGCAUUUGAAGAUCUGGGAAGUGAAAGUGCUGUUUUUAUGUUGGAGGGUUUUGAUGCUUUCUUUGUGGAUCUUGAUGAUGGACAAGGUGUUCUGUACAUUGACAACUCGGAGCUGAAAACUAUGCGUCCUUUCAUCAUGAUUGGAAGAAUUGCCAGGUUUCUAAAGGACCACCCUCAUGUUGAUGUGGAAUGUGAGAGAGCCAUUUCCUUCCUUCUGGAGGAAAAGCUGAAGACAGUUGGCAUUAAGAAAAAAAAUCAAAUUCCUAAGAGAGGUUUGCUGUAUAUCCGUGGGGUUCCGAACCAUGUAUCCGAGGAAAAACUAGCAAAAUCUCUCAAAGCCAUUGAGGCUAUAAUACCUAAAAAUCUCAUGGAUAAACGAAUAGGGUUUGCCAUGGUGAUCUAUGAAACAACAGAAGAAGUGAAGAAGUUCUUGGCCACACUGAAGAUCUUUGAUAAAACUUGCAUCAGCUACCAGGAAAUGAUUAAAAAGCAAAAAGGAUUGUCGAAGCUACUUCAACAACACCCCGAGGCAAAGGAGGCUCUAUUGGAUGGGGAUACUCAGUUACAGCUGCAUAAACGCCAGGCAAAUGCCAGAAAGAAGCUGAUGGAGUUGCAGGAACAGAUCAUGAAGAAGAACAAAGAGAAAAUCAAGAAAACCAAAAAUAAAAAGCUACAGAGGCAGAGAGAGAAACAGAAAGAGAUGGAACUAAGAAAACUAAUGGAGAGGGCAAAGAAAAUCAUGGAGGAGGAAAAUAUAGACCAAAAUUUUGGAGACGUCACAGUAUUUGCAGAGAACCAGGGCAAAGGCAGAUCAAUGGAGGAACAUGAAAAGUUGAGGAGCCCUCUGAAGAAUUCAGAGCAGAGAUUAACAGCCAUUCCUACUAGAGUUGUUCCAAUUGAGGGCAAUGUAAGAGAUGCAGAGUACAACAGACUGAGGAGAGAGGUCCUUGAGGAAUUGAAGGAGGAUAUUAGCAAUGGUAAAUUCAGGGAUCAGAAACACUUGGAAAAUACUAUAAACAGGAGAAUUGACUCCAAGCGAGCUGCAGAAGCAAGGCCAAGGAUGUGGGGAAGUGGAGUGGCUAUGUCACAAACACAGACAUCGCAGCAUGGAGUUCCAGGUGGAGAGUAUACUAUGAAUCAAUUUAAAGAGGACUUCAGAAAAAACAGAGUCCCAGUACAAGGGGUUCCACCACCAGAUUCUAGGUUACCAGAAAGUAUUAAGAUAAUGAUACCAGUACCAGAAGGUUCUCUCCCAAUGCAUAGAAUGCCAGGCCCAACACAACUGAUGCCAGUUACUAAUCAAAGUGGACCUGCCCCAGUUCAGAUGAUGCCUAGACCAAUGGCUCCUGGGAUACCUGUGAUCUCCAGCCAGAUGCCUAUCAGUAAUAUUCCUGGUGGUCCAACUAUGACAUCUGUACAGCAACUGAAUCCACUUUCACAGGCACCACAAGCUGGGGUUCAGAACUUACAAAGUCAGAUGCCUAUUAUACCAGUUAGUGGUUAUCUUCAGUCAAAUAUAGCAAUGCCUGUGUCAUCAACAGUUACACAACAGGUUCCAAUUCUGCCAGGAGCCUUACGUGUGUGUCCAACAGUACCAGGUUCUGUUCCUGCAAGAGUUGCUUUGCAACCACAAGGCCAAUUGCAAAGACCACCAACAGGAAUUCCAGUGUCUAUUACUGCACCAGGAGUUCCAAUGGUUCAGACAAAACCAGGACUUAUCGGAUACCCUGGUUCAAUUCCACGUGGUUCAGUACCACCUGUUCCUUAUUCUCAUGGUGCUCCCCCUGGACAUAUUCCACUUAGUAAACCUCCUGGAACAGUUCCUAGAGCACCAGUUCCAAGGGUACCUGUCCCAGUUGUAGCUCCUACAACUCCUGCAGUCAUACAAUCUCAACCAAUUAUAUACAAACCACCAACUUCUGAAACUCCUGCCAAUGAUUCUAGUAAUAUGAGGAAGAAGCCAGAUGAUAACACACUGAAUCAAAAUAGUAUGCAGCAUGGAAAGCCAACGAAUGAUGAUAAAAGAUCAGAUGCACAGUCCAAGUCUAAAGGGAGGGACAAUGCACCUUCUAUUAAGAUUAAUGUUGGGAGUCAGUUCUCCAAGAAGUCAAUGGAGGUACUAAAUAAGCGAAAGAAUGAAGACAUAGAUGGUGUACCAAUGGAUGAUGGAGUGCCAGCUAAAAAGUCUAGAACAGAGGAAGAGGGUCCAAAAUCAAUUUUGAAAAAAGCAGAGCCCAAGGGCAAGAUUGACAUGUUUGAAUCUGCAGACAAAAAUCCAAAGAGCACUCCUGCAGACUCACAGUAUAAGAGGCAGGGAAAUCUCAUCAGUGUUCCAAUCCAGAAAGGGAAUGUGCAGCAGAAGACACAAGAAAAAUCUACUGGACAGCAGGAGAUUGGCACCAAAAUCCAGGUGCUACAAAAUAGGAUAGCUCAAAAACUCCCAGCACCUGCACCUCAGAAAUCAGCAGAACCUCCGCAAGAGGAUCUUUCUGAGGGGAAUGUUUCCCCUCAAACCCUCUCUUACUUAAAGACUCAUCAAGUGAGACAGCAGAGGACCUCAUUUUCCUCAAGUGAAUCUGAGGAUGAGUCGUCCGAUUUCAUACAGAGGCUGAAGGGACCUGAGGGGCUAAUGUCAUUGAUGGAUGUGGAUGUGUCAGGAGCUAAGUCUAACAGCAGUGGGAUCCAGGAAACACUGAGGAAGUGGGACUACCUGGCAGAGAAGCAGAAGAUUCAGAGAGAGAAAGAAAAACUAGCUAGGAAAGAGGCUAAACUUAAGAAAAUGAUGGAAAAAGCACCCAUUCUUAUGCAGGAGUAUGAAGAAAAUGAGAAGAAGAGACAAGAGAAGAAGAAAGUCCAUGAAAAUGACCCUUUGAUAAAACUCCUACAAUCUGCUCUUGAAGCAGCUCAGCAAAAAGCAAACAUGAAGCGCUCCCCCUCACCAGCCACUGACCAUGAGGAGGAGGACAUGUCUGUGUCUGAGGAUGAUGAGGAUUCUACCACGGGAGGAGAAUUCAUCAUAGAUUAUGGUCACAAGUCACUAUCAGGACAGAAAGAUAAACCACAGAGAAUGACCAGAAAACAGAGAAGGGCUGUCAGGAUGGAGCAGAAAAAAGCCGAAGUGGAAUACAGGGAAAAAUUAGAGAGUGAUAAACAGAAAAAGUCGUCAAGUGAGAAAGAAUCUCGAGAUGAACUUACAGAAAUGUUGAAAUCUUCACUGCAAGCUGUGCAAGAGCAUCUUAGUGAAAUGAGGAACCAAAAGUCCCAGUCUCAGCAGGAGCAGGCUUCACAAAAUCCAUUCCUGCAGGAUCUAAUGUCACGAGUUCAGUCACACAUUCAGGCUCCCAAAGAUGGCACCAGCAGUUCCUCAAUGUCUGCUCCACCCAGCUCACAGUCCACUACUACCCCACACAACAUUCCACACAAACCUUUCAUGCAGAUCACAACUGUAACCAGCAUGGGAACUAGUUCAGGGGUACCGGGAACCAGCUGGGCUUCACAGAUGCAGCCACAUCAAGCAAGAUCAGCUUCUAUCUCUCCUUAUGUACCUAUGUCCAGUAAUGCCUCUAAUUUACCAUCUAAUACAUUUGAAUAUGGCCAUGGUAGCAAAGGAGCACAGCCAGCUAGCUGGAGUAGUUUUGGAAGCGAUUUGAGUGGUGAGGUGUCGUCUGCCAUUCAUGGACAGACAGUAUCGCAACCUGUCCAAAAAGUACAGGAAGUGUUUGAUUAUGGACACAAGUCAAAAGCUGAAUCUGCAAGUAGCAAACCUGAGCUCCAAAAAGGUAAUGCUACAGCAACUUCUUCGCAAGCCAAUCCACAGACAGACAUUCACAGUUUAACAAUAGAGAGCAUCAGUGAAAUUCUUAAGGUAGCAAAGAACCUGCAAGCUUCUCAAGCGAAAAUGAAAGAUAAUACUGAAAAACAGAAGGAAAUGUCGGAGCAACAAAAGAAAGCUAAUCAAGAAAACUUGAAGAGAAAUAGUGUUGGUGAGUUUUUGAAGAACUUUCCACCAAGUGUUAGUGACAAUUCUUCCCAAGGAAAUAAAAACUCCAUGGACAAGAAUGUGUCUGGUCAGUCAUCGAGUGGUCCAACUGGAACCAGAGUGCAAUUUCAUGGUUCUCAAGGAAGAAAUAUAAAUAAUCAGAGAAAUCAAAAUUUAGAACAGCAAGGAAACAACAACCUGCAGAAAAAUAUGUCAUCAGAGCAGAAUGUGCAGAAGCCCGAGUCCCCACCUGUGGAUACCUUUCUAGGAAUGGUGGAAUCCAGGUAUGAAAGACAGAAACAAAGAGAGGAGGAAGACAGGAGGAAAAGAAUGGAUAAAACUUCAUCAGAAAACAGGGGCUCUCUUGGUGGGCAGCAGGGUGGAGGAAAUAAUACCCAGCCUCUACAAGGGACUGGAAGGGGAUCAUCUCUUCCCAGAGGACCAUCAUCCUCUUCAUCUUUUAGAACAGGACAACCACAUUCAAACAGAUCAUCAUUUGGACCAGGUCAUUCAAAUACAUCCAUGAAUAAUCGACCAGGGCAAAGACAACAUUCCUCAAUGCAGAACAGACCAGGGCAGAACAUGCAAAAUAGACCAGGUCAGAACAUGCAAAAUAGACCAGGCCAGAACAUGCAAAAUAGACUCAGCCAAGGACAAACUGGACAAAAUAGACCAGGUGAUAAUACAGUAAAUAGGCCAGGGCAAAAUAGACCAGGACAAAGUACACAGAAUAGACUUGGACAAAAUACACAAAAUAGACCUGGUCAAAUGAAAACACAAAACCAAGGGUACACGAGUAUGUCACAGUCAAACGUUCAGAAAAAGAGUGAUGCUGAAUCCAUAACAGAACUAAUGUCAGCCAAUGAACUGCAGUCUUGGGAGAACUUGCAGCGACAGUUGAGACAGUCAUACUUGGAGGAUCAAAUAUCUGGACCAACAAUGUCUGCCUAUGACCAGCGCCUACAGCAGGGAAAUCAGCAACCAUCAUCACAACAGCAAACUAGUUCGCUUGACUGGUUCCGACAAUCCAAACAGCUACAAAUGCAAGACAAGUUAAAAAGGCAGAUGGCGCCAAAAGGAAUUCUGAAGGGAGUUCCCAGUACCGCAAGUAAAAUUUGGGCAGAGGAAGACAUGGAUUUUCACACAACUCCACAACAGACAGCUAAAUGGGGACAAGGUGUGGCCUCGUUUGACUACUCUGGCAGGUCGAACAAGGGACAGAACUCCAACCUAGUGCAUUAUGCAAAUUCCGACUCUGACUGACUUUGAUUUAAAAAUUUAUAUAUACAGUCUGUGGUGUAGAAAAAAAAUUCAGUAACUUUGAAAUGUUGAAUGUUUUACCCAUUUACCUGUAUUAUCACAAAAGGUUGUAUGAAAAAAAAAUCAUGAAUUAAAUUGCAUGUGUGUAUAUGUGUGUGUGUGGUUUGUAUUUUUUUGAAAUAUUUCUUAUUUCCAGAUUAAAUAUUAUGAAUGGUGUGGGAGGAAAUGAUGUAAGAUUCUUCAUUUUUCUAUAAUAUUGUUCAAUUGUUAUUUUAAUUGUAAAAUACUUUUUAUGUAUAAAAUGAUACAAUUAUUGUUAAAAUCAUAUUUAAAAUGCAUGAUGAAAUU